AUGCCGCUGGAUCGUCGCCCGACGAGGUUGCGGGUUAAAAAACAUAGUAAGAAGCAGAAAAGUGAUGAAGAAAUAGAAUCUGAUAGUGAAGCGAGUUCCGUUGGAUCUGAAACAGAGUCUGAUAUCUCAGUACAUGAAAGUGCUCAUGAGAAAAAAGUACGACUUACAAAGAAAGCUAUUCAGAAAGCACUCGAAACAGUUGGUUCGGAUGACGAAAAGUACGAAGCUCUUUCUUUACGUCUCAAAGAGGAGGCACUGCAGGCUAAAGGAAAGUUUUUAGCAAAGUUCGCACAUCAGAUCAAAUUCUUGAAUAAGGAGGAAAUUAUGGUUCUUAGAGGUCAUAGAAAGUCUGUCUCUUGUGUAUGUAUUUCUGAAGAUGGUAAAUAUGCCUACACUGGAGGGAAGGAUUCUUCAGUAAUUAAAUGGGAUCUAAGCACUAUGGUAAAACUGUGUUCUAUACCUGGAGGGAAACGUGGAACAAAAUAUCCCUAUCAUACUGGCCCGAUUCUGUCUAUUUCCAUAUCCAGUGACAGUAAAUAUUUAGCUUCCUCUAGUAUGGACCAUUCCGUUAUAAUAUGGGACCCAAAUGAAAUGAAAGUUUUCAUGAAACUACUGCACCAUAAGGUACCAGUCACAGCUGUUAGUUUUAGAUACCAUUCACACAUGUUGUUUACAGCAGAUUGUUCUGGUCGUGUUUGUGUUUGGAAUAUGCCUUUGAAAGAGGUAUUACAAGACCAAGGGGCAAGAACAAAUAUCGAAGUGUUAGGAUUAUGUGGUCUGGUAUCUGAACGAUGUGUUUCAUGUUCCGGGUUUGGUGGUCCCGGUGUUUGUGUCUGGAAAGUUCCCGAAGAAAUAUGUGUUCAGUACAGUACAAAAAACACAUUAGAGAGUUCAGUAGAAUGCAUUUAUGCAGUCAAUGACGAAAUUUUCAUAGGGGGUUCUUCUACAAAUACCAUUUAUAUUUGGCAUUCAAGUAGAGGUAGUCCUGUAUUUACUGUUUCUCCUGCUCACCCUGUGGCAAAAUUAUGCCCACCGUCGAUGUCAGAGCCUUUUAUCCGACCAGUUGCGAAUUGGGUUUCUGCCAUUACUGGUCUAUACGGAACUGAUCUAAUCGCUUCAGGUUCCUCCACAGGGCACAUACAAUUUUGGCGACUUGUUCAGCCACAGUUGGAUCGUUCAAAUGAAGUUAAAGUACAACAACAACAACGAACACAGAUCAGUAUUGAACGCAUACCUGGUUUGGGUAUUUCAUUGGGUGGUUUUAUCAAUGGGCUGGCUUUCUCUUCUGAUCGUCGAUAUUUAGCUGUUUGUCUAGGUCAGGAACAUCGGUUCGGUCAUUGGGAGCCUAGACGUCAUGUCGCCAAUGGUUUAUUUCUAAUCCCACUGAAUGUAUCCUAG